AUGUCGUCUACCGUAGCGUCUCUCGACGACCGCGUGUACGGCGGCGGCGGCGGUGGCGGUCGCUGCGAUGCGGUCGAGGUCACAUUUUUGUCUUUGGCCGUCGACGCCGCGUCGGCGGCCGGUUUCGUGCCAUCCUCCCCACCGCCGCCACUGACGACGCGGCGUGUACCGUACCACACGUUGCCGCCGCCGACGGCAGCGCUCUCUCCGACGGUACGGAGAAAAAUAUAA